GACGCGGAGGAGCUUUCUCCCUCCGCAGAGUCCAGACCGCACGUCCAUGAAGACGCCUCGCAGCCAAAAGAGGAGGAAGAGGAGGAGGAGGAGGAAGAGGAGGGAGGAGUCAUCAGCAGUUUAAUAAACUCUGACGGGGAGGAAGAGUCCUUGGGACCGUCUCAAAUCGAACAAGAUGGCGGCUCAGAGACGGAGGCAGACGGGAAGAAUAAGUACCGAUGUCGGGUCUGCGGUCGGAACUGCUUCAAGACGUCGGCGCUGCAGAAACACCUGAGGAUCCACUCCGGGGAGAAACCCUUCCAGUGCCCCACCUGCAAGAAGAGCUUCACACAGCAGGUGCACAUGAAGGAGCACCAGAGGACCCACAGCGGGGAGAGACCCUACACAUGCAGCACCUGCAGCAAGAGCUUCACCUUCUCCAGCGCGAUGCGCCGCCACGAGCGGCAGCACUCGGGGGUUCGAUUCCAGUGUAAGUUCUGCAGCAAGAGCUUCAGCCGCCCCCGGAUCCACCUACCACAUGAAGAUGCACUCCGAAGCCUCUUCUGCCAGAUCUGCAAGAAGGACCUGAGCGGAGCGCGCGUCUUCCACAAACACAUGAAGAAACACGAGACUAGCCUCGAUAAGGAGCGACGGACAGACAGGAUAAUGCAGAUGUUGCAGCUUCAGAAUGAGUGACAUUACAUCCAGAAUAUAUUAACAUCUGAGCUGCAAUCAUUGAUUCUUCCAGAGCCUCCAUCUCUAACUGCAACUAAAUAAAUUCAGCUUGAUGUCCAAAGUAUUCUGGGGCUAACUGCACCGUGUCCGCAAGUUUGAUCAUAACUCAAUCUGAAGACGAAUAAAGACGAGGGGACAAACUCGCCGGUACAAGUAGCGGCAGACAGAAAGGGAAGGGCGAAUGUUGGCAAGUCGGAACGUAGAGCAGCUUAAACUGAGAACUAAACAUCUGACGUGUGAUCAUUAAUCGUCAGGUGAUUAAAUCAAGCGUCUCCUCGUCGAACGACACACGACCAUCGGACCAAAGUUCAAUUCCAUUCUCGAAGUAUCCUUCCGCAAACACGUGAAGAAACACGCGUCGACCAACUCGCCGUGAAAGGAGCUGUGAAACCAAGAAGCUCAAACGGUUUGAACCAUGUGUUAAUGAUCUGAUGACGCGAUGCGCUAUGAUUCAUAAUAUUAGAGGGAAACGUUAUUUAAAUGAUCAUUAAACAAUGUGUGAAGAUUUUCGGUUCAUUAUUUAUAA